AACACAAACGAUCGAACCUCAGAAACCCACUAAUUCCCAAAUCAUACUAGGAAAAUGUCUGUUGAAGGUUCUGCAAUUUUCUCUACUGCUACUGUCGAGCCUAAUGUUAGUCGCCGUUGUGCAAGUUUUCCUCCUAGCAUUUGGGGUGACCAUUUUCUCUCGUCCGCAACCGCUUCCAUGGAAACCAAUGACAAAGCAGAGCAUAAAAAACUGAAGGAAGAAUUGAAAAGGGAGCUGAUGGCCAAUAUCAAUAAGCCUUCACAAGCACUGGACUUCAUUGAUGCGAUCCAACGCUUAGGCAUCUCUUACCAUUUUGAGAUUGAGAUUGAUGAAAUACUAAGAGAAGUGUACAGGUCCCAUUGCGACUUCGAUAAUGGAGAUGAUGAUGAUGAUCAUCAUAAUGAUCUAUACGCCAUUUCUCUCAAAUUUCGACUGCUUAGACAACAAGGCUAUAAAAUCUCAUGUGAUGUGUUCGGCAAGUUCAAGAACAGCCAAGGGAACUUCAGUGAUUCCCUUGUCAAUGACACCCGAGGAAUUUUAAGCUUCUAUGAAGCUACACAUCUCAGGGUGCAUGGAGAUGAGGUACUAGAAGAAGCAUUUGUGUUCACUACUUCCCACCUAGAGUUCUUGGCCACCCAUUCAAGCUCUCCGCUGAAAGCACAAAUAAAUCAUGCUUUAAAGCAGCCUAUUCGCAAGAACAUACCAAGGCUUGAGGCAAGGCAUUAUUUCUCUAUCUACCAAGAAGAUCCUUCAUGUAGUGAAGUUUUACUGAACUUCGCUAAAUUCGACUUCAACAUUUUGCAAAAGCAACACCUAAAGGAACUAAGUGAUAUUGCAAAGUGGUGGAAAGAAUUAGAUUUUGCUAAGAAGCUGCCUUUUGCAAGAGACAGGGUUAUAGAGUGCUACUUUUGGAUAUUAGGAGUGUACUUUGAGCCAGAGUAUUUCUUGGCUCGAAGGUUGCUGACCAAAGUUAUUGCCAUGACUUCCGUCAUUGAUGACAUCUAUGAUGCCUAUGGUAAACCGGAAGAGCUCGAGCUCUUUACUGAUGCAAUUGAGAGGUGGGAAAUUACUGCCGUAGAUCAGCUGCCAGAGUACAUGAAAGUGACUUACAAGGCACUUCUAGAUGUCUACACAGAAAUUGAGGAAAAUAUGGUCACUGAAGAAAGAUCAUGCCGUGUCUCCUAUGCAAAAGAAGCAUUGAAGAAUCAAGUUCGAGCCUACUACCUUGAAUCUAAAUGGUUCCACCAAAAGCACACACCAACAAUGGAGGAAUACAUGGCUGUUGCAUUGGUCACUUCGGGCUAUGCAAUGCUAGCAGCUACAUCCUUUGUUGGAAUGGGACACGCUGUAACGAAGGACUCCUUCGAUUGGUUAUUUAGUGGACCUAAGAUUCUUAAAGCCUCAGAGAUAAUUUGCAGACUCAUGGAUGACAUCGUGUCCCACGAGUUCGAACAAAAGAGAGGGCAUGUUGCCUCGAGCAUUGAAUGUUACAUGAAACAGCAUGGCACCACCGAACAAGAAACUGUCCGUGAAUUUCGAAAACAAGUUACAGAUGCAUGGAAGGAUAUCAAUGAAGAGUUUCUCUACCCAACCGCUGUCCCUAUGCCUCUUCUGACAAGGAUUCUCAAUCUUGCUCGUGUGAUCGAUGUUGUGUACAAGGAUGAAGAUGGCUAUACAAAUGCUGGAACUGCGCUCAAAGAUCUUGUUUCUGCUCUACUCAUUGAUCCUGUGCCAAUGUGAUCAACUAGUAAUUAAGACUUAAACCUGUCAUGUUGCUGAACUAAUAUG